AAUUGAAGGGCUUGCCUCGUGGCAGGGGUCUAUUGCUGCUUGCUGAAAUGAGUUCAGCUGGUAACCUUGCCAAGGGAGAUUAUACUGCUGCUGCACUGAAAAUUGCCGAGGAUCACUCUGACUUUGUAAUUGGCUUCAUCUCAGUCAAUCCAGCAUCGUGGCCAGGGUCACCGAUAAAUCCUUCUUUCAUUCAGGCAACUCCUGGUGUUCAAAUGGUAACUGGUGGCGAUGCAUUAGGGCAGCAAUAUAACACUCCAUAUUCAGUUGUUCAUGAUAGGGGCAGUGACAUUAUCAUUGUUGGCCGUGGCAUCAUCAAGGCAGCGAAUCCUGCCGAUGCAGCUCAUGAAUACCGUCUUCAAGGAUGGAAUGCAUACUUGGCAAAGUGCACUUGAAGGAUCUAUGUCAACAAUAAAAGGAUGGACUAAAUGUGGUUUUUUUGUGCUAACCAUAUUUCAACACUAAAAGGAAGAGCCUAAAUGCACUUUUAAGGUUGUCUUCGAACAGUAAAAGGAUGAACGAAAAUUGUGUUCUUGUUUGUGCUAACUGAAUUCCAACACAAUAAAAGAACAAAAACUCCUUUAUUCUAGUAAAAUAAAUUAAUAAUUAAAUGAUAAUAUAUCGUAAAACGAUUAUGUCA